AUGUAUGCAGCUGUUUCUUACUUGACUAGCUGCUUAAAUGUUAUGAUCUGUUUCAAAAACGAGGAAUUCCCAUCAACAAAUGUACCAGGAUCUGGUACAGUAUCAUCAUCGAGUUCGAAUUCUGCAAGUUAUGACAAUCAAUCUACAAGUUUUGUGGAAAAACAAUCCACAGUUUCUUGCAAAAUGGAGAAUUUGUCUGAGAGGAAUGAGCAUACAUCAGUCUCAGGGGCUUAUCAACAGAUACUUGGUGUGGCUAUUUUCUUUCUGCAGGUAGAUGCUUCUUUAAUUCGUUUCAUAAAAGGAAAAGGGGGAUGUACACAGAAACAAAUUGAAGAAGAGACUGGAGUGAAGAUCUUAUUUCCAUCUUCUAAGGAGGACAAUUAUAUUGUUAUUGAAGGGAAUAAUGACGAAAGUGUAACAAAAGCAUCAGAAAAGAUAGCAAAAGUGCUUGAAGAGGUGGUGAAAAGCCCAAGCCUUGAUUACUCCCAUUUCAUUUCUCUUCCAUUGGCUAUUCACACAGAGCUUGUAGGUAAACUACAAGAUUUUCAGAAUGCUAUAUUGGGAUGCAGUGAUUCUGGGCAGGAAGGUAAUCUGGAAAGCAAUUCAAAUGAAGAUACUUCAGAGGAUAGUAAUGAUGAGGGAAAAUCUAUUUCCGUUAAGCUUGAAGUGGAAAACAAAAAGGAGCAUGUUAGAGUGAAGAUUGAUACUACAAAUGCCAAUUCUGAUGCUAGUAAAAAUCCAAGUUCCAUUUUAUCAGAAUUGGGCAUUGACAAAUCCAUAUUCAUUAAGCCCAAGACAUUUCACUUAACUGUGCUUAUGCUGAAAUUGUGGAACAAAGAUCGUGUUGCUGCAGCUGCAGACGUUCUGCAGAAAAUAUCUUCAGAAGUGAAUGAUGCUCUGGACAACCGGCCUGUUCUAAUAAGGCUUAAGGGACUGAAAUGUAUGCGAGGUUCACCAGCUAAAGCUCGUGUCUUGUAUGCUCCAAUAGAAGAAAUUGGUGGAGAGGGUCGCUUGUUACGCGCUUGUCAAGUCAUUAUCAAAGCUUAUGUUGAAGCAGGUCUUGUUCUUGAAAAAGAUGCUCAGCAAGCAUUGAAGCUCCAUGCCACAUUGAUGAAUGCAAGACACAGAAAAGGGAAGAAGAGAAUGAGGAGGCAUGAUUCCUUUGAUGCACGUGGCAUCUUCUUAAGAUAUGGAUCUGAGAACUGGGGUGAUUAUCUCAUUCAAGAAGCACAUCUUUCUCAGAGAUUCAUUUUUGAUGAAAGUGGAUACUAUCAUUGCUGUGCUUCGAUCUCCUUUCCUGGAAGCAUGCAAGUCGAAUAAUUCCUAGUACUGUGUCACCAAUCAGGAUAGUUUAUGUUUAAUCGAUUCAGCUUCUGCUCGUUUCUGUACGAUGCUCUCGCCACCCUCGUGGAAAAUGUAACAAAACGGAAAGUUGUAAUUGUAUGAUGCUUGUUAAGUUGUGCCUACUGGCCAACAUGAAAGGAUGAAGUUCUGUGUAUCGACUAAUACCUGAAUACUUCAUUUACUGAAGCUUUUAAGAAGCUGCAGAAAGCUACUACUCCCUUUAGCACGAGCCUUCUUGUAUCGAUCUGAAGCCGAGUAAUAAUUAUGAACGCAGUUCAUUUGUAUGAAACAUCACGUAUUGCAGAUUGUACUUUGUGUUCACAGAAUUAUAUGACAGCCUGCUGCUUAUCAUGCA